AUGCCGGCUAACUUCCUCAACCUCCCGGGUGAACUCCGCAACAAGAUAUAUGGCUAUGUUUUAUUGCGUGAAGACCCUAUAGACCCUUGCUGGUCCGGAGACCGUGAACUGGAGCUUAACGUUCUUCGCACGAACAAGACGGUUUACAAAGAGGCCAAAUCGCUACUUUUCGGGCAGAAUCAUUUCGAUUUUAUUGAGUGCAACUUUCAGAUGAUAGCCCGUUUCCUUGAUAGAAUUGGACAUGAUAGUGCGAAUCACAUCCAGCAUAUUCGUAUCGACUUCCCUGUUCACCGAUAUCUCGAUGAUGAGGACGGUAUGAAGGAUGACAGCCGUCGCACCCUCGAAAAACUUCAGAGCAGCUGCGCCAACUUGAGGACACUUACCACAUCUCCACGUAGCAAGGGUGGCUUGGAGCCUAGGCUUGGGGAGAAUGGAGGCCCUCAAAUUGUUGCCGAGGCCUUCGCGGAAAUCGAUGCUCUCUUCAGAGCAAUAUCGUCCCUUCAAGAGAUUAUUGUCGAGGUUUAUAAGGACGGUAUAAGUGAUUUUUCAAGAAAGGAGAUGGAGAGUCACGGAUGGGUAAUCCGCGUGGUAGAAGAAGAAUGGGACGAAAGGUCUUGGGGGGAUUUUGAGGAUGAUGAUAAUUUCUAUAGUGACGACUACGAUGUUGAUGACUAUGAUAUCGACAAUGACAGUGACUUUUGGCGGAGGGCAGCGGACUAA